UCCUGGUCAGGAACUGCAGUCGGUCAUUUGAACAACCUCUACUAAUAUUCUGUGUUGUGAACAUGAUCUUUGUAAAAUAAGCACACCUUUUGCACAAGUAAUUAAAAUUUCCUUAAUUUCACAUAUUAUUAGAGAAAGUCUUUGAUCCAGAUCGUUUCAUCAGCGACGUUGGCAUGAAAAAAUCGAGAUUUAGAACACUAUAAUCUAUCUAUCACCUGUGAAAUGUUAAAAUUUACUGGUUUUUUAUUUGUUCCUUUGUAUUUACACAACUACCUAUCUGGAUGCCAAAUUUGAACCUUCAAGGUAAUCUGGAAGUGGUUAGAAUUUGGUCUAUAGGUCAGACAUGUAUGUCAAUACCUAAAGAACCGUUUGAGGUUUAAUUAUGAAAUUUGAAGCUGAUGUUUAUCUUGCAAGUCUCAACACAUGAGCCAAAUUUGAAGUGUUAAUGCACAGUAGUUUUUGAGUGAUGAGGAGUCAAAAGUGGCUCCAAGUGGUUCGUCUAAAUAUACGCACGGUGCAGUCUCCUCUCUGGAACUAGGCUUAACAUGCUCCCGCAUGUCUAGAAUGUUUACUCAAUGUUGAUUUAGUCGGUUUUCUCCUGAUGGGAACACGUAAGACAAAAAUAAUAUUUUAAAUAUUACAGACCUAGAGCUGAUGCCGCGAAAACUAUACAAGAUAUAGAAGAACUUGACUAUCUCACCUGUAGCAAAUUGAAUAAGCUUUUUUGAGUUCAUAGGUAGUAGUUAUGUCACUAGAACAGUCAUAGUUUCUGAGGAUUAAGCGAAAAACUGAAAAGUGGUACCUUUAAACACCCCUCUCCCUGCCGGCUCAAGGGCUAAGGGCGGGGACUUUUGCUAUGUUCACCUCCUACCUAACUAGUCUAAAUAAAGUCCCGAAGUAAUAACUGCGAUUUUAAUUAAAUUUUGGCUGAGAAGAUUAUUUACUUCUAAUAAGAAGUGUGUAGUUGAUUCAAAAUGUAGGAAAUAAAAGUUUUAAACAAAUACUAUCCCCCAGACUUCGAUCCUUCCAAAAUCCCGCGCAUAAAAUUGGCGAAAAACCGCCAACCAAUACACCGUGCGUUUGAUGGCCCCAUUCAACAUGCGCUGCGCGACGUGUGGCGAGUACAUCUACAAAGGAAAGAAGUUCAACGCCCGUAAAGAGGAUGUAGAGAUUGAGGACUAUCUUGGGAUAAGAAUUUACAGUGCACACGGUGCCUUCAAGAUAUCAUUCAAGACAGAUCCUAAGAACACGGACUACGAGAUAGAAGCGGGGGCCACGAGGCACUUCCGGGCUCUGAAACUGGCGGAGGAGCAGGCCAAGCGGGAAGAAGAGGAACAAAAGGAGGAGGAAGCCAACAAUCCUAUGAAGUUAUUAGAGUAUAGAACCGAACAAUCAAGACAAGAAAUUGAACUGUUGGAGAGUCUUGAAGAAUGAGGCAUGCUCAAGCAUUACCAGCCUGAACCUGAAGCUGUUGAAAACGCGAGGCAGCUCGUUCGAGCCGGCCACGGCCAAGCGUGCGAGCGCGGCGUGCGCGCCCCUGGCCGCCUGGGUGCGCGCCAACUUGGCCUACGCCGCCGCCGCCGCGCGCGUGCGCCCGCUGCAGGCCCAGCAGGCGCGGCUACAUAAAAAUCUUGUCGCCGCCGAGGAGCAGCUGCACGCUUUAUCCAGCGGACUGGCCACAGUAGAGGAGCGCGUGGCAGCGCUGCAGCAGCAACUGGGCCAACAUUCGCGUGACGCGGCCGCGCUAGAGCU